AUGGCGUUCAGCCGAAACUUGUUUACUGAGAUUGCAAAAUCGAAUCCAGCUCGCUUCCUUCGCGCCCGGAGGCAUAACCAUCAGAUAUCAUUCCAGCCUCCGACCAAUAUAGAUCCUUUAUUUUGCUACACGAGUGGGCGAUGGCUCUGGAACGAGCGAGAGCAACUGGAAGCUCGAUCCCGACGUUUCGACGUCCCUAGUCUGCAGAAAGUAGCCUGUCAGACCGUGGGAGCGAGCCAAUGCGUAUCUUUAGAGAAAAUCGGGGAGGGCAACUACAACAAAGCCUACCGUCUUAUACUAGAAGAUGGCCAGAGAUUAAUAGCUAAGGUCCCACAUCCUAACGCUGGUCCGCCACUACUUACGACGUCGUCGGAGGUGGCUACCAUGGAGUUUGCUAGGACGGUCCUGAGUUUACCUGUGCCAAAAGUUCUUGCUUGGUCUGCUACCGACCAAAACCCUGUCGAGGCAGAAUACAUUAUCAUGGAAGAAGCAAAAGGUUCCCCCCUCCAUAAAGCAUGGGAGGAUCUGCAAUUGCGAGCCAAACGUGAUAUCAUCUACGAAAUCGUGGACAUUGAAAGAAAAUUGCUCUCGAUAUCUUUUAACAGCGGUAUUUCAGGAUGUGAGCCUGCUGAAAUUUCUGGAACGGGUCUUGGAGAAAUCCGUCAUCAAAUUCAAUCUCGUUUCUGCAUCGGCCCUAUCGUUCGAAAAGAGUUCUGGGAAAAGGAACGCAGCAAUUUGCAUCAAUACCAGGGUCCUUGGAAUUCUUCAAGAGAGUAUCUCGAGUCGGUUGCUAGCCGCAAGAUAGCAUGGAUUAAAACCUCCGCAGAUCCCCGGAAAGCGACUGAGAAUGUAUUGCAGUAUACAAGUCCAGAGCAACAUUCACUAGAAGCCCAUAUCACUUCUUUACAGAAAUAUCUAUCCGCAAUCCCUUACAUUAUUCCUAACGACUUUGAACUCGUCUCGCCUCGAAUAUGGCACCCAGACUUUCACGCCGGAAAUAUCUACAUUGACGAUUGCGGGCGAAUUUCAUCAAUCAUCGACUGGCAGGGCGCGUGGACUACACCUGUAUUCAUCGGUGCCAACCCGCCACCGCUUUUAGACUAUGGAGUCGACAUAAUGAUGAAGUUGCCAGACGGUUUUAAAGAGUUGGAUGAGGGAAUCAAGGACCGGUUGCGAUACCAAGUCUCCCAGAGUAUCCUGAUCCAUUCCUACGAAACACGGACUGCGGAGCAGAAUCCAUUAAUGUACAAGAUGAUGCGACACCCGCACGGCAAAACGCUCAAGCACCUUGAUGCUUUUGCUGGAGCUACUUGGGACAAUUGUCUUUACCCGUUGCAGGAAUGUUUGAUUAGUCACUCAUGCCCAUAUCGAUUCUCCGCAGAAGAGCUACAGAGGCAUGAUGAGGAGGUUGAGACUUUCAAUCAGAGUCAGGAGUUUUGGAAGGAGUUGAGUGGGAUUUUGACGGAUGAGGGAUAUACGUCGAAUGGGACAUUUGGGAAAGCGGUUGAGGUAGUUAUGGAGUUGCGAGAAAGGCGCUUGGCGGGGUUGGAAGGCGAGGAGAGGGAUGAGUUUGAUAGGAAGAUGAGGUGGGUUCUAGAGCUUAACGCGUAG